CAGAACCGGUGCUGCACAGCUGGGUCACUGCACGCCGGCGCAAUGGACGUGUCGUGGGCCACGCAAGAGAGUGAGGCGGUGGCGGAGAAGGUGCUCCGGUACCGGCGGGACGAGUCGGGCUGGAAGAAGUGCCGGGAAGGCAAUGGAGUUUCAGUUUCCUGGAGGCCAUCUGAGGAGUUUCCAGGGAAUCUGUACCGAGGAGAAGGGGUUCUGUGUGGGACACCGGCAGAGGUGUGGGAUUGCAUAAAGCCAGUGGCCGGAGGCCUCCGGGAGAAGUGGGAUGACAACGUGACCAGCUUUGAAAUUGUCCAAAGCAUCACGGAUAUGCUGUGUGUGAGCCGAACCUCCACACCCUCGGCUGCCAUGAAGCUUAUUUCUCCCCGGGACUUUGUGGACUUGGUGUUAGUGAAGAAAUAUGAGGAUGGCACCAUCAGUUCCAAUGCUACCCACGUGGAACAUCCAUCGUGUCCCCCAAAGCCAGGUUUUGUGCGAGGAUUUAACCAUCCAUGCGGGUGCUUCUGUGAACCACUGCCAGGGGAGCCCAACAAAACCAAUCUGGUCACCUUCUUCCAGACAGACCUGAGCGGCUACCUCCCUCAGAGCGUGGUAGACUCCUUCUUCCCUCGCAGCAUGGCUGAGUUCUACCCCAACCUUCAGAAGGCCGUGAGGAAGUUCCAUCACUGACACAGUGGCCUGUUGGCAAGAGACGCCCUUCAGGAGCUCCAGCUGGUGAUCCUCAAAGACCACGGAAGAACUACUGUGGCCUUUGGAGGUGCCCUGGUGAACAGGAAGUCUCGGGGUGCCAGUCCAGGACAGCAGCCCCUCCCCCUCUCCCCUCUACCCCACACCUCCUUCCUCGUGGGGCUGGUGUGGAAGGAGCUGUCCAUCAGCUUGCGGUUGUACACACCUGGCAGGCAGGGCAGAUACUGCUGUGGCCACCAGACAAAGACAUGGCUCAGGCACCCUUUGAUUCCUUGUGGUCCAGGGCCCUGUGCGCUGUUGCCACACACCUGUCUCUGUGCUGGUCUUAGGUAACCGUCUUCUAUCAUCCUGGUCACUAAGUCCUGCUUCCUCUGGCAUCUGGAGUUUCCAGGCUUUUCUCCCAGACUCCUGUGUUGAUUUUCUGAUGCAGUUUUAUAUACCAAUUUUUAACACAAGACUUCUCCCCGCCCUUACAAAGAUGCCCAACUUGGAAAAUACGUUUUAAAGCCCAGAAUAAGCCUUAAGGAAAAACACUUUCUACCUAAUAUUUGUUGUAUCUUGUGUCAGAAUCAUCUUUUCCUAAAUGUUCGUCCCUUCAUGAGUUGAUAUUAGCUCACGUCCCCAUGAAACCAGUUUGAAUCUGACCCAGGCCAAAUUGUAUCUUUGGGAGGGAGUGGGAGUUCUUGUGACUUGUGUACUUGAUUCUGUGUGGGGCCAGCCGCCCCCGUGUGCGUGGAGGAGUCUGGAAAGAGCCCCCUGGUGUAUACCUCACUAUGUCCAUAGUCAUGGGGGUGAGGCAAGAGUGUUCUGGUCCCCUGGCCCCAUCAGGCCUUGCUGCCAUUAGGAAGGAAGGAAGCACAAGCCCACGGUGUCUAACAAUUGCCACAAAACCUGCCAUUCCAAUAGGGACAAAUGCUGUCUCCUUAGCUUUUCAAAUACAUUUAGAGUCCUGCUUUUCGUAUGAAGAAAGGAGAGAUCUCUGGCGGCUGACACUGUGACUGCUUGAAAACUCUUCAGAGACUUGAUGCUUCUCCCAGACCAGGCGGCUUCUCCCCUUUAGUAGAUUUUAAUAAUCCCUCUACUCCUCCGUUUGUUCUUCACAUCAUGGGGGGCGGGCUCUAGUCCAAGGGCUCAUUUGGACACAUUUGCAUUUUGAUGAGGCUGGUUCAGACAUUCUGCCUAGAUCUAUCUGGUUUUCUUGCUGCGGCUCUGUUCCCUGGGGUUGGGAUACUGACUGUUGAUCUCUCUCUCUGUCGUCUCUCUCUGGUUUUGUCUCCGUGUUAAGCCUACUUGCCGUACCGUUCUUUGGGAUGUGAUCCACCUUGGGUUUUGAGACAGGCUUUCUCAUUGACCAAAUAGGCUAGGCUGGAUGCCCAGCGAGUUCAGGGAGCUGUGUCUUUCAGCUCCCUCGGGUCUGUGAUUGCGAGCAAAUGCUACCACACCUGGUUCUUUUGUUUCCAUGUGUCUGGUUGGCUGUUUGGCUUUAUUUGUUUUUAUUUCUCUGGUCUCUGGGGAUUGAAUUCAAGUCACCAUACUUGUAUGGCAAGCACCUUACUGACCGCUGUCUCCCCAGCCCCACACCUUUUGCUGUUGGAUCAAAUUUAGCUUCUGUUAGAUCUAAAAGGCUGAUACAAAUGGUGUCUUGGAUUCUUCAUCUACUUGUCUGCUUAUAGGACAAAAUUCAAAGUGGGCUGGAGAAAUAAGCAUGCCAGCUCCAGUAAUAGGCUGUCAUUUCUCAGAGUAGGUGAGACCAGGAUCUGCAAGGGUCACUGAAGGGCUUUGCAUGAAGAGCAGAAGUCUUGGCUUCAGAUUCUGGAGAGGCCAGCAGGUUACCCUGGCCGGCAAGCUCCCAUCGGCAGGGCCCUGAAAUAAA